UAAAAAUGGCAACUGGGAGUGUAUUUGCAGGAAGGGGCCGUUCUGGUUCCAAAUAUAUGGCUGUAUAUGACGAAGAGGGUCAUGAAAGAGAGGUUGAGACGAGAGAAGAUGAGGAACAGAAUGUUAAGCUUACUGAGACUAUUGAACUGCUACUGGCUGCAGGAUACUUUAGGGCGAGGAUAAAGGGACUUUCUCCCUUUGAUAAGGUUGUGGGUGGCAUGACAUGGUGUAUCACAACAUGUAACUUUGAUCUUGAUGUGGACCUGCUAUUCCAGGAGAACUCUACCAUUGGACAGAAAAUUGCCCUCACUGAGAAGAUUGUUGCUGUUCUUCCAAAGAUGAAGUGUCCUCACAGGAUAGAGCCUCAUCAGAUCCAGGGUCUUGAUUUCAUUCACAUCUUUCCAGUUGUACAGUGGUUGGUUAAACGUGCCAUAGAGACAAAGGAAGAGAUGGGUGAUUAUAUAAGAGCAUUCUCUGUGUCACAGUUCAACAAGUUUCAUAGCACACCUGAAGAUGAUGCAUUUAAUGCUUUAAAAGAUACAGCGAUGGUUUCUGUUAAGGAAGUCAAGGAUGUAUACAAGCCACAGCGGAAAUAUAAACGUCAUGACAUGCACAAAAUCAAGGAUGAAGCAACCAGAGUACAGACCACUCUCUUAGAGUAUGGAAGAAAAUAUGGUACAGCAAAAGAAACAAAAAGUGACAGGGAGGAUGAUGUAGCAGCCAAGAAAAAGGCUGUUGCUGCUGGUCUGGGGGAGGAAGAAAAGACACAAGAAGAGCUAGAGGCAGAAGAAGAGCGACGAAUCAAUGCUUUGAUGAGCGGAAUGUCUGCAACUGGAGACCAUGAGGGACGUUUGAAGGGUAGACUAACAGCAAGUGCAGUAGGGUCCUUAGUUGGUAUGCAGUCAGCGGAGAUUCAACAAAUGGCCACUGAAUAUGCCGAAAAGCAAGCCAAGAUGGACCAGGUUGACAGAUCAGAGAGGGUUGGGGGCAAACAGCAGCAUCAGAGAAUGGUAGCCGCCCUACAGAAACAAAUAGAGCAGAAACAGACACAAUUAGAUGAGGUGCGAGCAAAACAUGCUAGUUUACACAGCACAUAUGUAGAAACACAAGAGAAGCUUAAAGAAGCCCAGGGUUACAGUCAGAAGAUUGACGAGGAGAUGGACAAGCUUGGUGACCUAGAGACUGAGGAGAAUAAAGGAGUUUUACAAAGUCUAAGAGAUCUUGUGGCUUUGAAUGAGAACUUGAAGAAACAAGAGAAGGAAUUUAAAGAACAUUGCAAGGAAGAAAUGUCAAGACUACAGGGCAAGAUUGAAAAGUUAAAGCUGAAUGCUGGGGAAGAUGAGUCCGAGGAUCAAGAAAGGAGCAAACUCAUUGAUAGACAAUACCAGGCUGAUAAAGAAAAACUACAUAAAAUUAGACUUUUACUGGCAAGGAAAAACAGGGAAAUAGCUGGUCUGCAGAGGAAGAUUGAUGAGGUUCCUUCUAGAGCAGAACUAUCUCAAUAUCAAAAAAGAUUUAUAGAACUAUAUAAUCAAGUGGCAGGGAAACAUAAAGAAACAAAGCAGUUCUACACGCUCUACAACACACUGGAUGAUUCCAAGUUAUACCUAAAUAAAGAGGUCAACCUGCUGAAUUCCAUCCAUGACAACUUUGCACAAGCAAUGUCUUCCCAAGCCAAUAAGGAGCAGUUCCUCAAACAAAUGGAGAAUAUUGUGGAUGGAGUUAAACAAAACAGACUUAAGGUUGAGAAAAAGCGUCAAUUGGAAAAGUCACGACGAGAUGAACUCAAUGAUGAAUAUUUAGAUUUGGUAGAGAAACAACGACUUUACUUCAAAACUGUUAAAGAUUUCAAAGAGGAAUGCAGAAAGAAUGAGAUCCUGUUGUCCAAAGUGAAACCAUAGUAUAUCUUACAUAGACAAUAUUAAAUGGUGAUACCAAUGUUCUACAUGAACUCAGUACAAAAUACAUUAACAUACACAUGUACACUGUACAAGGUUGUACACAUAAUGUGGACUGUUCCUAGACUGCAACAAAUGGAUUGAAUGUUUAAAAAAUGCAAAUGUAUGCAAUGAUAAUGGAUUGCUCUAACUAGAGCAGAACAGGGAUCAUACUAUAUGCCAAAUGCCUCAAAAUUAUAAUGCAAGCCCUAUAAUGUCUCUCAUUCGAACUAUGGAAUAAACAGGUGGUCUGGUGAUGGAUUAAGUUUGAACCUCAUACCCGUUACCCGAUAUAGCAAGUAGAAAUAAUUAUCAUUACAAAUAAUACAAUUAAUGAAUAUUACCAAUUGGAAAUGUGUUUUGCUCUGAAGGCACACAUCUAACUAAAGUUAAUAAAAUGUCAUGAUUAUGGAUGAUGUAUUACAGAGUGGGUUUGUAUAAACAAAUUAGAAAUAUAUAUAGCCCCCCCCCCCCUAUAGGGCUGCAGUGUGGUUCUUACCUGCUCGACAGUAGGCCCAUGGGGCUACUGUAAAUAUUAAGAGUCUAGUGUAAAAUUG